UGAUGGGGAAACAGUCAGUAUGGUCAUUUCGUUAGCACUGACUUAAGAUCAUUUGAUGGCGAAACAGUCAGUAUGGUCAUUUCGUUAGCAGUGACUUAAGAUCAUUUGAUGGGGAAACAGUCAGCAGGCUACACUAGAACAUAAACAAUCACGAUGCUUCCUGUUUUCAUAGUGAUGGUGAUUGCCAUGGACAUAUUAUAUGCCGCUUCUAGCAACGUCUGCACGACGACGGGGAAGAACCUGAUUGCCCAUCCCACGAAGUGUGCCCAGUACUACAACUGUAGCGCGCCCACCGUGGUAAGACAUCGCUACUCUUGGGAGGCACACCUACAGGAAUGUAACUACCCACAACUGUACAACCCUGACACGCAGAGAUGUGAGCACUACAGCAUGGUCCAAUGUGGCAACAGAUCUGAACCCCUUGGGUAUUGUGAGUAUGAUUGGAACAGAUGCGCUGGCUCCAGGUACUGUGGGCCACCUUGUCACGUCUACAACCCCACCUGUAGGAACCUCUCCGACGGCCUCAACGUCUACGAAUAUCGAAUCAACUCCUCUUACUUCGUUGUGUGCGUGAAUCAGAGACUGGUCUACACUGGCCAGUGCCCAUACCUAGGACCGGGGACACCUCGCUUUGACCCCAAAUUGCGUACCUGCAGUUGUUCGUAAAAACCCGUAGGUUUACAGAUCCCAAAAGGCAAUAAAUACUUUGUCAACAA